ACCGCGCAUGUACUCCUCUCCGGCAAACAUGGCGGCCGUCCUGCUCCUGCUGCGCGCCCUCCGCCAGGGUCCGGGCCCGGGUCCGGGUCCCGGGCGGCUGUGGGGUCCCUGUUCGGGCUGGAGCCCAGGCCUCUACGCCGGGGCCGAGAGGAGGAGGCCGUACUUCGCCCACAGGCCUCCGACGGGACUCGCCGGGGCUGGCGGCCAAGCCCUGCAGAGUUUGCAAUUGCGACUGUUAAGCCCUACCUUGGAAGGGAUCACUGGAUUAUUGUUGAAACAGCAUCUUGCUCGGAGUCCAGUCAGACUCUGGAAACUUCUAGGUGGGACUUACUACUUUAACACUUCAAGGAUGAAGCAGAAGACUAAGGGCAGUGAUAAACCCAAGGGGAGGACCACUGAAGAUGAUGAAGAGGAGAGGAGGCGUAGGGAACGGGAGGACCAGAUGUACCGUGAGCGGCUGCGCACCCUGUUUGUCAUCGCUGUGGUCAUGAGCCUGCUCAACGCGCUCAGCACCGGCGGGGGCAGCAUUUCCUGGACUGACUUCGUCAACGAGAUGCUGGCCAAGGGCGAGGUGCAGCGGGUCCAGGUGGUGCCUGAGAGUGAUGUGGUGGAGGUCUACCUGCACCCUGGCGCCGUGGUGUUCGGGCGGCCUAGGCUGGCCUUGAUGUACCGGAUGCAGGUGGCCAACAUCGAUAAGUUCGAAGAGAAGCUUCGAGCGGCUGAAGAUGAGCUGAACAUUGAAAGCAAGGACAGGAUCCCGGUUUCCUAUAAGCGUACAGGGUUCUUUGGAAAUGCGCUCUAUGCCUUGGGGAUGACUGCAGUGGGCCUGGCCAUCCUGUGGUAUGUCUUCCGUCUGGCUGGAAUGACAGGACGGGAAGGCGGAUUCAGUGCUUUCAAUCAGCUCAAAAUGGCUCGUUUCACGAUUGUGGAUGGCAAGAUGGGGAAAGGAGUCAGCUUCAAAGAUGUAGCAGGAAUGCAUGAAGCCAAACUGGAAGUGGUGGAGUUCGUGGAUUACCUGAAGAGCCCAGAGCGCUUCCUUCAGCUGGGUGCCAAAGUUCCGAAGGGUGCGCUGUUGCUUGGCCCCCCUGGCUGUGGGAAGACGCUGCUCGCCAAGGCUGUGGCGACUGAGGCUCAGGUGCCCUUCCUGGCGAUGGCUGGCCCGGAGUUUGUGGAGGUCAUCGGAGGCCUCGGCGCAGCCCGCGUGCGGAGCCUUUUCAAGGAAGCCCGGGCCCGGGCCCCCUGCAUUGUGUACAUUGAUGAGAUUGACGCUGUGGGCAAGAAGCGCUCUGCCAGCGUGUCCGGCUUCUCCAACACGGAGGAGGAGCAGACUCUCAACCAGCUUCUGGUGGAGAUGGAUGGAAUGGGCACUACCGACCAUGUCAUUGUCCUGGCGUCCACCAACCGGGCUGACAUUUUGGACGGCGCUCUGCUGAGGCCAGGCCGGCUGGACCGACACGUCUUCAUUGACCUGCCCACGCUACAGGAGAGGCGGGAGAUUUUCGAGCAGCACCUGAAGAGCCUGAAGCUGACUCAGGCCAGCAGCUUUUACUCCCAGCGCCUGGCGGAGCUGACCCCGGGCUUCAGUGGGGCCGACAUUGCCAACAUCUGUAACGAGGCUGCGCUGCACGCCGCCCGGGAAGGGCACUCGUCCGUCCACACGUUUGACUUCGAGUACGCCGUGGAGCGUGUCAUUGCCGGGGCUGCCAGGAAGAGCAGGGUCCUCUCGAGGGAAGAGCAGAAGGUGGUGGCAUUUCACGAGUCAGGCCAUGCUUUGGUCGGCUGGCUGCUAGAGCACACGGAGGCUGUGAUGAAGGUCUCCAUCACGCCACGGACAAACGCCGCGCUGGGCUUCGCUCAGAUGCUGCCACGAGACCAACACCUCUUCACCAGGGAGCAGCUGUUCGAGCGCAUGUGCAUGGCCCUGGGCGGCCGUGCGUCUGAGAGCAUCUCCUUCAACAGAGUCACCUCUGGGGCGCAGGAUGACCUGAAGAAGGUCACACGCAUUGCCUACUCCAUGGUGAGGCAGUUUGGGAUGGCGCCGCGCAUCGGGCCCAUCUCCUUUCCCGAGGCACAGGAGGGCCUCACAGGCUUCGGACGGCGCCCCUUCAGCCAGGGCCUCCAGCAGAUGAUGGAUCACGAGGCGAAGCUGCUGGUGGCAAAGGCCUACAGGCACACCGAGCAGGUGCUGCAGGCCAACCUGGACAAGCUGCAGGCGUUGGCAAACGCCCUGCUGGAAAAGGAAGUGAUAAACUACGAGGACAUCGAGGCCCUCAUUGGCCCGCCCCCUCACGGGCCCAAGAAGAUGAUCGCGCCUCAACGGUGGAGCAGCGCCCAGUCGGAGCAGGACACGGUGGAGGAGGCGCCCCAGCAGACCCCACUCUGAGGGACAAGGUGCCCUGGCCCAAAUAGCUGGACCCCCUUGAUGGGCCUGGCUGUGCCACAAGCUCCUUUCAGCCUAGACUUUGAUCUCCCCUUGGCCCAGUUUCUGCUGGAGGGCUGUGGUUGCCAUGCCUGUUUCCCUCCGUGAUCACUAAAUGUCUUGGCAGAGGUGAAUCCAGUGCCUGGUGACAGGGCAGCUCUCAGCUCAGGCCCAGGCCACCGUCCUCAGUUGCAGUCGGGCCCAGGGGCAAUGCAGCUGUCUGUGCACCUAUUCUCGCCCGGAGCCUGCGUAUGCAGGCUCUUCCCCGCACUCGUGAUGGGUUGGAAUGCACUGGGAUAGCAAUGAGCGGGCCCCUCAGUCAGUCUCACUUGUCUUGUGCUGGGCGCUGGCCUCAAGCUCAUUAAUGGGUUACAGUUGGGGGUGCUCACUGGGCUUGAGGAUUCCAACACCUCUACCUGCUGCCUGUGGGCGGGUUCAUGAGAAGACUUCUUGCUACUCUCAUCAUGCUGUGUGGGGGAAGUGUGGAACCUUCUAGUAAGUUCUGUGGGUGGAGAGUCCCAUCUCUGCACCAUGGGGCCAGCUCUAGCCCAGAUGACCCAUUGGGUUUGCAGUUCAUAGUGUCAACCAUGCCAUGACCAAGUGAAGAGUCCCUUUGUGGGACUGGGGGACACAGCUAGGAUACCCCAUCUCUGCAAUUCAGGCUGCAUGCACUGGGCUCCCCUAAUCCCAGGGGGGUGUAGCAUGCACUCAGGUGUUCCUGCUGCCUGGUUGCAUGGGGCCAGGGGUUAUGGGACCUCCUGCAGAAUGGGUGGCCCUGUCAUCAUUUCCCUCCCACUCCAUGCCCUGAGGGCAGGCAGCUCUGCUGGUGCUGGGUUUGUGAGAAGACUACCUUUGUCCCGGUUCUCAAUCCAUUUCCAGAGGUGGGCCCAGAGUGAGGAAGGUUCCAGCUGGUAUCUGGGUGUCUGCACAGGGGCCACAAUUGCUGUAACACCUGAUGGUGGAUAGACACCCCUUUGUACUGUACCCAUUAAAAUGCCAGCUCUCUGUCCUGUGGAAUUCUGUUUGCAGAGUGCCAGGAUGCUUAGCCAGGAAUAGGGUGCACAUGGCAGGAAGAGGGGCCACUUGCUCCCCCAGCCCUUGGCUGCCUGGCUAGGGACAGUCACUGCCCUCACAUUUGUAGAAUCAAUGUGUCUGUGGACUUUGGCUGGCUGCUUGGUCAUAGGUGACAUCGGACACAUGGUACCAGAAGCUUGCACCUCCUCUGUGUCCUGUGGGGACUGACAUUGCUCCUCACACCUCUUGUGGGGGUUCUUGGGUGGAGAGGCUUCAGCAGCAGCAUGUGGUCCCCUGGAGCAGCGCUGCAUCAGGCACCCUGUGUGCUCCAUGCUGGGCCUCCGUCCUCAGCCCUCUGCCAGGCAGAUUGGGCACAGCAUGGCCUGAGUGUAGCUACCAGAGCAUCUGUUUGUGUUAGGUACGUCAGGUCUUGUGACAGAUGCAUUCUUUAGGUAAAUGUACAUUUAACACAAUCAGAGCCCCAGAAGACAGAGAAUAGUGAAAGAAAAUUAACUCCUAGUUCUUAGAUCAUCUUUAUUCCACUUUGAUGUAUUCUCAUAAGUCAACAUUAAUGAUUGGUUUUAUGCUUAAAAGUUUUUAUUGUAUAACUGACAGUGUAUCAGUUUCAGGUGUAAUUCCGUAGUCUUACAUAUUGCGAAAUGAUCACAAUAAGUCUAGGUAGGAGCUGUCACCAGUUAUAGAAUUUUCUUGUGAUUGAGAACUUUUAAGAAUUAAGCACCUUUCAAAGAAAACAUGAUUAUAACAUACUGCCAGCUGCCUUUCACUGACAUUAUUUCUCAUACUCCAGGAAUCUGAUUAGCCUCUAUCCGAGUUAUGUGUAGGCCACCAUUUCGGAAAGUUGAGAGGCCAGAUUGUCAUGAGCUCUGUGAUGAAGCAGUGUGACCUAUCCUUGCAGUAUAGCUACUGCGUUUCCUAAUUCAACUGUCAGGCCACAUCUAUGUGACAUGAGCAUGCUAAUGUUUUCAAAGUGCUAUAGCAACAUGACAUUUUUCCCCAAAACGCUACAAAAUCAUGUGCUGCAAGGGUAUUAAUUUAAAAAUUGUGUCUCUGAAAGGGUAGCAGAGGCUAUUGUUGACUAUCUUGGGUUGGCUUUCCUCAAGGCCAGUCAUGAUUAGAUAUGGAAUGAGCAGGCAUUGACUUGAGUAAUGGCUUCAGACUUGGAAGGAAAUACUGGCAGGCCGUGCAGGGCAGGACAUGCUCCCAAACCUGCAGGGCAUUUCCCAGGAGUCCCCGUCCCACUCAGCUGAAUGCUGCUUCCAGGGGCAUUAGCGGGCCCAAGCCUGGAGCUCUGUGCCAAGGGGUGGGGACUGUCCCUACAGCUAGAGAUUUGUAAAACCCUGAGCCAGCCAAGUAUUGCACCAGGACUCCUAACAGUUCUUUAGUCUUCCCCAAUGAGAGACGUGUAUGUUUCCAGCAGAAUUGGUCAAUUUUUUUGUGUUGCCGUACUACUCACAUUUCCGAGGAGGUGAGUGUGGUGCAUUCAGGUAUGGAAAACCAUAUUCUGUGUGGGGCUCGGUGUGUGCAGCAGACCCAGGUCUCUAAGUUGCUUUUCUUGGUACUCGCUCCGUUUUGAGCAGCAGCUCCAACUUAAGGCCUUGAGCCCCCACUUGGGACCCAGGGCAGCCGCUUAACCAGGAGCAGGUGGAGCUCGGGGUCGGGGCGGAUGGAGCUGCACGAGUCUGCGGGUCUGUACAGAAGUGGGAGGUGUUCCAGCUUGGAGCAAGGUACCACAGCCCGCACGGGUCAUUGCAAAGGGUCAGGAAAUCAUGGAGGAAUGAGCUGACGUUCUAUCACGGAGCAAGGUAAUUAUUUACCCACCAGACGUCCGCAGUGUUGCUCUGCUGCAGUUAAACUGCCCAGGAUGGAGUGGGUUCAAGCCCCAUCUCACUGGACAAAGUGGUUUGUGAGGCGGGCGAUAGGCCCUCAAAGUCUGUGAGGACUGAGCGAGGUCCUUCACCUUCCCCGCCUGGGCCGCCCUCGCCACACCGGCUCCUUUUGUCACCUGAAGCGGACCUGUGUUACUGACCACCAGCGUCGCUGACUUACUGUGUGUUGCCGAACGGUGCUGUGUCUUGUGACCUCCCAGCAGCUGCUCCCAUUUCACAGAACGGGAAAAUUAAAAUAACAAAAGCUUUAA